CGUUCAGCUUCUCUGCCAGCAGGUUGUGCAGCAUGGAACAGCUCAACUCCACUGUGGUCACUUCAAACAUCUCCUCCUCUCCUGUACCUCCACCUCCUCCCUCCUGGGACUCCAGCAGUCUGGUCACUGCGGUGGUGUUGUCCCUCUGCUUCCUGCUGGGAGUUCCUGGAAACACCGCCGUGAUCAUCCUCAAACCAAACAGGCAGCACCUAUCCAAUCUGAGCCAGGCUCUGAUGCUGAAUUUGGCCAUGUCAGACCUGCUCUGCCUGCUCACCCUGCCCCUGUGGAUUUACACCUUUCUGUACAGCUGGACCCUUGGCCUGGUGGCCUGUAAGCUCCUAACAUAUCUCAUGUACUGCAGCCUUUAUGGGAGCAUGCUGACUGUGACGGCGCUGAGUGUCCAGCGCUACCUACAGGUGGUGUACCUGCAGAAAUGCUUGCCCCAGGCAGGAAAGAGGAGGCUGCUGGCUCUGCUCUGGCUGGUUGCAAUGAUCCUGUCCAUCCCUGCGUUAGUGGUUCGACAGCUGGGCACAGACGGGCACUGGACCCAAUGUAAAGCUCUCUACUCUUCCCCGGCCCAGGAGGUGGCCGUGCUGCUGACAGAGUCCCUGGUGGGAUUCGUUUCAUUUUCUCUUGUGGCAUUUGCAUACAUCAGCGUCCACAGGAAGGUGCACCAGGCAGCUUUCUUCAACAACCCACAGACAACCUGGCUGGUCACUAGUAUCAUUGUGACCUUUUUUGCUCUAUGGAUGCCAUAUCUUAUCAUAAAUGUGCUUGGUGUUGCAGCUAUUGCAGCUAAAAGUGAGGGCCUGUUGAAGUUUUGUAUGAACAGCUGGAACAUCGUCGGAGCACUGACAUUUGUGAAUAGCUGCCUGAAUCCACUCCUUUAUGCAUUUGCUUCUAGAAACAUCUGCACCGUGUGCCAAAAAGCUAGACAUAAAUAUUGUUGUUGAUGCAGAAGCUCACCUCUCCAGGAAGUCUAAUCAUUUGAAGGAGUAUGAUCGAUGAAAAGCCACCAGAUAUCAGUACAGAGUGCAGCGCUGCGAAUAUUCUAACGCUUAGAGAAAUUAUUUUUGUUUUUGUGGAAAUGAAAAAAGGUGUUUUUAGUCAAACUAUUUCCCAUAUGGAUACACAGUUUGAGGGUGUGGUUCUCUCAUUUGUCAGUGAUAGUUGUGAUUGAGUUGUGGUUUAAUGAUGAAUUUUGAGGUUAAGCAACAUCUCUCCUCAAAUGAGCUGUUUGCUGAUUACAACUGGUCCUCAGCCAGAGCUGUAGAAAUAGAGGUUUAAACAAAUCGGGUAAAGAAAGAAGAAAAACAAUACAGAAAUGAUAGAUUGUAUGUCAUUUCCAAGAUAAUAACUGACUUCCUGUUUGCUUAUAGCAUUGAUGUUUUACCACAUAUGUUUUAGAGAACUCAACAUGUAUUUUUUUCUUGUGUGUGUUAAUGUGGAUGUGUGUGUGUUGAUGUGGAUGUGUGGUACUAUUGUCCAAAAGCAUUAUCCAGCACUGUGAAAUGCAAUUAUUUUCACUUAUAAUGACAUUGUCUAUUUAAGCAUCUUAGCUUUUAUGGGAAAGAUCCAGUCAGAGGAAGCAACAGUUAAUGAAAAGAGUGAAUAAAUGUUUGUGUUGGAGUGCAUCCAACGAAAGGAUUGACCAUUUGUCUCUAAUGUUUAGGGAUAGACAGACAUAAAGACCUACAAGAGGAAGGAUGAAGAGAGGGGGAGAGUGUGCUGUAUUGACAAUAUAAGCAGAUGUGUAAACUCA